AUGAGAAAACCCACCGCCGCUCAACUAGCCCUUUUGAUGGCCUCAGUCGCUACGGCCGCUGACACUACAUGCGCUAUCGACUGUUUCCAGGGUCUCAUCACAAAUAGCCCUCCAGCAGACUGCAAGGAGGCCACGAAUUAUCUCUGCUUCUGCACUAUGCCUACACUUCAGGAAAACUUUUCAAAAUGCGCCAACACAAGCUGCGGCAAAGAUACGAGUGCUGCUAUGACUUGGGCAAAUGAGCUCUGUGCUAAACUCGGAAAACCAAUUGAUCUUGGAUCUGGAGACGGUGCUCCCAAGACUGAUGCAACCACUGCCAUUGAUGCGACUACUGCCGUUGAGGCACCUGCUAGCACAACCGACGAGACCAAGCAGACUACUGCAGCCGAGACGACUGUUCCAGAAGCCGUGCAGACUACCGCAACCGAGGCUGAAAAGACUGAUUCCAAGGCUGAGGAGACUUCCAUCGAGACUUCUGUCCCAUCUGAGACUUCGCAAGAGACUUCACAAGAUACUCCAGAGACUUGCACCACGGAAACAACCAUGACCAAGACUGAGACAACCUUCGCCAAGGCUACGACCACCGAGGGAGCAUCUGUUACUACAGAUGAGGAUGGAUCUGUUGGUACGGUCACGGGAAGCGGAGAGACAGCAACCUCGUCUUCAGACGCUGAGGUCAAUGCUGGAUCUAUCACGACCCCUGGCUUGUUGGCGGUUGCCGGUGUUGUCGCUGCUCUGUGGCAAUUUGUGUAA